CCGAUGGUGAGCUGCGGAGCUGACAGAGCGAGGGACAGUUACAGUCGCAGGUUCUACAGUUUACAAACCAGGAUGAAGUUUGAGAAUAUCCUGGAGGAAAUCAACGGCUUCGGGCCUUUUCAGAUCCUCCUCAUCAUCCUGCUCUGCAGCCCUCGGAUCGUCCUCCCCUGUCACUUCUUGUUGAACAUCUUCAUCGGCGCCGUGCCUCCUCAUCACUGUGACAUCAGCGGCCUGGAUGACGGAGACCUCUUCACAAAUCUAACUCGUGAACAAAGACUCGUCGUCAGCGUCCCCCUGCGAGACGAUGGAGCCCCGAAGUCCUGCGAGAUGUUCACCGAGCCUCGGUUUCAUCUUUUAUCCAACGGCUCCGGCGCCGAGCUGCCCGCGGUUCCGUGUCAGAGCGGAUGGGUUUACGACAACUCCACCUUCACCUCCACCCUGGCAACAGAG